AGCGGCUUUGAAGCUUCGUCCUCCGACCGAGUUCGUCAACUUUGUUCAUCGUGUUCGCGGCGCCCGGCCGGUCGUGGCCCUUACAUAUUGUUUACAUCUACAUUCUCACUACCAAACAUGCCUGCCUAACAUAAUUUAAACAAAAAAUGGACGUGUUCAAGUUACAAAACGAAUAUCAUUAGCAAGUGUUGCAAUUUUAUGUGAUAAAGUGCGUUAAAAUGUGCGUGAUUCGUUCGUUUUUGCUGGUUAUGCUCCUUCUAUCCGAUUUUGAACAGUCAUUUGGAGCAGAUGUGGCUCCUCACCAUUCAUCUCACAAGAUCCGCGCCCACAAGUCGAGUAGAAGGCACCGUGCUAUCAAUGAUGGCGAGCUGCGCUUCGAACCGGAGCCGUACAGCAAGAAAUUGAAAUUGAAUACUGCUGGUAAAAUACAUUGCAAAGUCGCUGGCGGCCUUGCUCCUACCGUACAAUGGUUUUUGAACGACGAGGAUCCCUUACCAGAAGGAGUGACAUCAGCCAACGGCACGCUGAUGGUGGCUGAUGCUGAGAGGCGGCACUCAGGACAGUAUACGUGCAAGGCAGUAGACGGCGAUAAGUCUAUCACGUCGAAGAUUCAUCUGGAUGUUGUGGUAACCCCCCGCGUGCUGGAGCCGACUCCUGGACAACAGUUGCACGUGACCAUGGGUCAGACAGCAGCGCUGCACUGUCGGGCGACGGGCGAUCCACCUCCUACUACGCACUGGGAUAGAAAUCUCGCUAUAUUGGGGAAACCACAAGACGGAGUGGAUUUAGAAGAUAGUGCUAACGCCACAACAGCUAGACUGGUACUGAUGAAUAACGGAACUCUUCUGAUCCGCAACGUGUCUGCGGCGGACGCGGACCGGUACGGCUGCACGGCCGGCAGCGCCGCCGGACUCGACCGGAACGAGCUCGUGCUUGUCGUGCAUCAAGAAGGAGAGCUCCUCCCCCAGGAGUCGAGCGGCGUGGCGGGCAAGGCGGUGGUGGUGUCCAUCUCCGUGGCCGGCGCCUACAUGGUGCUGGUGCUGGCGCUCAUGCUGUACUGUCGCAGGAGAAGGCUUAGGAGACGACAGAGAGGAGAAAAAAUGGAGUUAGAGAUGACAGAAGGCAGAGAGAAGUUGGUAGAAGAUGGGGAAGAAGAUAAGCAGAAAGUGAACGGAGCGGCUCUGCAGAACGGGAGAUUAUUAGCCCAUGACAAGGAUAGCGGAGCAGAUAAUUCGGAAGUGUCCGGAAUAUCUCGCGCUUCGAAGAAAUCCGGACAGUUCGAACAUCUGUCCAUACCGAGAUCACUGCUCGUUGAACAGAUUACACUUGGUCGCGGUGAAUUCGGCGAAGUACUACUGGCCAAGAUCGACAUGAGUCAAGUGAACAAACUUCGCAAUAAGGAGAGCUUGGAUGACGCGGAGCCCAAGCUGCGGCCUGUACUCGUUAAAGCGCUUACUACUAAAGAUGAGGUGCAACUAGCGGAGUUCCGUCGCCAGCUGGAGCUGUUCUCGCGCGUGCGACACGACAACAUCGUGCGGCUGGUGGGGCUCUGCAGCGACGCCGACCCGCACUACAUGCUGCUCGAACAUACUGACUGGGGUGAAUUAAAAAAGUUCCUAAUCGCGACCCGCUCUCCGGAAGAGAACGCGGAGUACAUCGCCCGCGUGGGCCCCGCGCACGCGCACCCCGCGCCGCGCCGCAGCUGCGCGCCGCUCGCGCCGCAGCACCGCGCGUUGUUAGCGACGCAUCUCGCUGCGGCCGCUGCUAAGUGUGCUGCUGUCAGGUUUACGCAUAGAGACAUAGCGGCGCGUAACUGCGUGAUCACGUCUAAGCUACAGCUGAAGCUGUCGUACCCCGCACUCACGCGCGGACCCGACUCGCAUGAGUACUUUAAGCUGCAUGAACAGGUGAUUCCCCUGCGCUGGUUGCCACCAGAAGCGGUGCUAGAAGGCGACUACUCCACCAAGUCUGACGUUUAUAUGUUUGCUGUCACCGUGUGGGAGAUCUACACAAAAGCGGAGCUGCCAUUCGCGAAGUUGAACGACAACUCGGUGCUGGAGCGCGUGAAGACCGGCGCCUUGGAGUGGACCAUCCCCGAGUGCAUGCCGGAAGCCAUGGGGGAAUUACUUAAACGUUGUUGGAGCAAGUCGCCCGCCGACCGGCCUCAGUUCACGGAGAUCUACGACGAGCUGACCACCAUACUGCAGGACAUUACCUCCGAGAAUACUUCGCAGAAAUCACAGGAAAAAGUCGAAGAGUAGAACGUUAGGAGUUAGGAGAUGGUACCAUGGCUCUAAAAAGAUAAACAAUUCUUCAAGGAACUUUUUUGGAAAACACUUUUUAUACUUACAUCUUUUUAUCUUUUACAUAUAAUUAUUUUAUUGAUAAGCAUCAAAAUUGGUUACGCCUCAAUCUAUUGUGGGAAAAGAUUGCAGGUUUGUUGUGUACCAAAAAACAAUUACUCAGGCACGGUGGAGUGAUGACUUGCGCAAGACGGCUGGCAGGAGCUGGAUGCGAGAAGCUGAAAAUCGAUCUCAGUGGCGUGCACUUGGGGAGGCCUAUGUCCAGCAGUGGACUGCUAUAGGCUGAUGAUGAUGAUGAUGGUGAAAAAACAAUUAGGUUGAUGAUGAAAUUGUGUUUCGAUUUUGAAAUCAAAGUUUAAGAAAUGAAUUUCUUAUUUUGUGUAAGAUUGUGUUAUGUAUGACCAUUUUAACUAAUUUUUUUGAUAUUUCUUAAACGAUAAACUCAAAAGUAUUUCGAAGACAAAGUAUGUACCUAUGUGUUUUUAUAAAUAUUUUGAUGGCAUCGUAAAAAUGGUCUGUAUUGGGAAAUUGCAAUGACGAACAGAUAGACAACUAAAUUAUAGUUUUUAGUGUAACUAUUAGGAGUAACUAUAGUGAAAAUAUAUAGCCAUUUCGAUGCAUUUACUAUUUCAAGUGUAGGUUAAGUUAAUUUUAGUUAAACUAGGAUUUAGUUAGUUUUAGUGAUUUUUGGGGGAAUAAUGUGUUUUUAGGAGAUAAAUUUCUGGUAUAUUUUUUUUUUAAAUAAAAUUAGGUAGGUAAAUUCCCUACUGAACUAAUUGCUUCAUAUUCCUCAAACUACAUUGAAAUUGCUGUACUUUUAAAUUGAACACCAAAAAGGUUACUAAAUAGACUGAAUUAUUUUUAUCAAUUAUUAUGUUACAUAAUUUCGUACUCCUCCAAGAUAAAUAGUUAAAAUAAAAUACUGGACCCUAAUUUUUAAUAUCUUAUCUCCUAAUAUUCACAUUACUCCCCAAAAAUCAAUCCAGCCCGAAGGCUUGUCUAUAUAUUUAAAAAAUCGGAAGCUAAACGAUACUGCCAUUUGUAAAUAAAAAAAUACUAGAAUUUAAGACUGAAAUAUAUACUUAUGUAAUCAAACUUAGUUGUAAAUUAUGUUAUAUCGUCCGAAAUUGAUAUAAUUCGUCCUGAUUGAAUCGAAAUUUUAGUAUUAGAGUAUUUUUAAGUUCAUUGCCGGAUAUGUGAUCUCGUUUUGAAGAUUAAUCAGGCUUUUUAGAGGUAAAUAGUGCUAUUCGUUUAAAUAAACAAAUAAUAAUUUAUAAAAAAAAAAACAAUACAAUUGAGAAUUCAUUUUGCCUCGUACUUCCCUAGUGUUGUAAUUUACCUAACGAAAAUGAAUGGGCUGCAAAGUUCAUUAGGUAUUUUACUUAAAAUAUUUUUUCUUUAAUUUGAUAAAUAAAAUCCUUCUAGGCCUUAUACAAUCGAAAUAAAUAAAUGCCUAUAGCACCAUUUACCUAUAAAAAAAAAAAAAACAAUUUAAGAAUAUAAGUAGGUAUGUCUUGUAUUUAGAAAAAAUAUAAUUCUUAAUUCGUAAAUAAGAAAGCUUCGAUCAAACGAUGAAUUAGGUAAAUGUAAAAAAUAAGCUUUCCGUUCUUCGGAAUGUAGGGUGAAACUCCCAGUUAUCGUCUGUAAAAAUAAUAAUUAUGUAAUGAAUUUGUCGGCCAAUCGGCUUCGCUCGACUUUUCUAUUUAAUUUUGUACAUUUUAAGCGAACAGUGACCAGAUACUGCAUUUAUAGUUUUAAGAUAAACUAGGUUUUAUGCUAAUCUCAUAAAUAA